AUGGCGACAACGACAACGACAACUACUGCUACCAAAACAUACAGUCGAAAUGAAGACAACCACGGACUCGCCAGUCUCCAACUGGAAGCAUCCCAUUCCCCCCCGCCAGGAAAUGUCUUCCCCGCCAUGGAACGAUGGAACCAUCCCAAGUCAAACAUCUACAAGAUAGCCGCGACCUUCUGGGCGUUUCUCGUCAUGGGCGCAAAUGACGCCGCAUACGGUCUUGAACAACACUACUCCCUCUCCUACACCAUCGUCUCUCUCGUCUUCCUCUCCCCGCUGGGCGGGUAUUUCCUCGCCGCACUAACAAACAACCACAUCCACCUGCGCUUUGGCCGGCGCGGCGUGGCCAUCAUCUCCCCCUCGUGCCAUGUCCUCUCGUACAUAAUCAACUGCCUGCACCCGCCGUACCCCGUUCUCGUGGUGAGCUUCAUCUUUGCCGGGUUCGGCAACGGUCUCGCCGACUCGGGGUGGAAUGCCUGGAUCGGCAACAUGGCGGAUGCGAACCAGGUGCUGGGCCUGCUACAUGGGUUCUACGGUGUGGGCGCGGUACUUGCGCCGUUGGCUGCCACAUCGCUGGUUACGAAGGCGGGGGUGGGCUGGUGGUAUUUCUAUUACAUCAUGAUUGGCUGCGCGGUCAUCGAGCUCGCGACCUCGGUCUACUGCUUCUGGGACGAUACCGGGGCGGCCUUCCGGCGGGACACGCAGCAUUCGACAGGUGGCACCGGCACCGGUGGCGGUAGCCUGCGCAAGGCGCUGUUCACGAAACGCGCUGGAAGGAUUACCUGGCUGUGUUCGUUUUUCCUACUGCUGUAUGUCGGCGUGGAGGUUGCGCUGGGCGGGUGGAUCGUCACCUUCAUGAUGCGCGUGCGGCACGGCGAGCCCUUUGCGAGUGGAAUGGUGGCGACCGGGUUUUGGUUGGGGAUUACGGUGGGCCGGGUCGUGCUAGGAUUUGUGACUCCGAGGUUGGGAGAGAAAUUGGCUAUUUCUAUCUAUAUCGUCUCUUCCAUCGCUUUGGGUCUCGUCCUCUGGCUUGUUCCAAACUUUUACGUUUCCACCGUGGCCGUUUCGCUCCAGGGCUUCUUCCUCGGUCCGCUGUUCCCUGCUGUUGUGGUCGUGGCGACCAAGUUGCUGCCUCGUGGCUUGCAUGUCACUGCGAUUGGCUUUGCGGCGGCGUUUGGAGCGGGAGGCGCCUCAGUGCUGCCGUUUGCUGUUGGGGCGAUUGCGCAGGCCAAGGGGGUCAAGGUGUUGCAGCCGUUUGUGAUUGGCUUGCUUGGGGCGAUUAUGGCGUUGUGGAUGGGGUUGCCUAGGAUUCCUGCUCAGCAUGAGACAUAG